AUGAUGGUCUCUCAUGAAGAUAAGGAAAGGGCUGUUAUACCUCUAGAAUCGAAUCCAGAAGUUUUCACUGAUUUUGCAAAAAAUUUAGGUUUGGACCCUUUAUUUGCUUUCCAUGAUAUAUAUUCUUUGACAGAUGCUGAUCUUCUAGCUUUCUUACCAAGACCAGUUAAGGCAAUUAUCUUAUUAUUCCCAAUAAGUGAUAAACAAGAGAAGCAAGAUGAUGUUAUUAAAAAUGAUACCCAGAGUGUAAUGUCACUUUCUUCAAAAGACGCUGUAUGGUUCAAACAAACAAUCAAAAAUGCUUGUGGGCUUUACGCUAUAUUACAUUCUUUAGCUAAUAAUAAGUCAAUGUUAACCUCGGAUUCUAUCUUGGGCCAAUUCAUAAAUGAUAACUAUGAAACAAAGAAUGAAAACAAUGGCAAUAAAAAUGAAUUGACGGAUGAUUUCAUUUUCGAUAUUUGUAAUAAGUUCUUGAAAAUUUUUGAAGCUGGUGAAACAAAGGCACCGGAUGCACAUUCUGAUGUUGACUUACAUUUUAUAACGUUUGUGUCUAAUGAUAAGAAUCAAAUUUUUGAAUUGGAUGGUAGAAAUCCUAAAGGACCAUCAUAUCUUGGUGAUAUUACUGCUAGCAAGAAUAAUGCGGAUGAUACAGAUUUAAUUGGUGAAAAAGCCAUUAUUGAUAGAGUGCAAUGGUAUAUGGACAACGUUGAAGAGGGAAAUAGUUUGAAUUUUUCUUUAUUGGGGCUAUCGAAAUCAUGGGAUUGA